CGGUGUCGAUCAGCAGUCCACUUGUGUCCGCCUGCCAUUGACAAAUAACCCAGUCACUGAUGUAACGAGCAAUGAUAUGCGCUGCAAUGGCCGUUCCGGCGUGUCUGGCAAGUGCUCUGUCGUAGCAGGUCAGACCGUGACGGUUGAGAUGCACCAGCAAAAUGGAGAUCGAUCAUGUGGUACUGAAGCCAUCGGAGGUGCUCAUUGGGGACCAGUCAACGUGUAUAUGUCCAAGGUCGCCGAUGCCUCGACAGCAGAUGGAUCGACAGGGUGGUUCAAGGUCCACGCAGAUUCCUGGGCAAAGAACCCCGCCGGUAACAGCGCCGAUGACGACUGGUGGGGCACCAGAGACUUGAACAACUGCUGUGGAAGGAUGAAUGUGAAGAUCCCAUCCGAUAUCGCUGCUGGAGACUACCUUCUCCGCGCUGAAGUCAUCGCUCUUCACGUUGCUGGCUCCACCGGCGGUGCUCAGCUUUACAUGAGCUGCUACCAACUCGUCGUCAGCGGCGGCGGUUCCGCCUCUCCCGCAACAGUCAACUUCCCCGGCGCUUACAAGGCCACCGAUCCCGGAAUCCUCAUCAACAUCCACGCAGCCAUCAGCUCCUACGUCAACCCGGGCCCCGCAGUCUACGCUGGUGGAAGCAGCAAGGUUGCCGGCUCGAAGUGCUCUGCUGGUGGUGAAGCCGCGACGACGACAGGGCCGGCAGUUACCCAGACGGCGACUGGAACUCCCGGGGGUGGUGGUGGCAGCUGCAGUGUUGCGAAGUUCCAGCAGUGUGGUGGGCAGGAUUAUACGGGGUGUACUGUUUGUGCUUCCGGCUCAACUUGCUCUCCCGUCUCCCCACCUUACUACUCGCAGUGUGUUUAAACACGGUCAAUCUGGGACGCUGAAGACAUUGAUCAUCGGAGGCUUGUUGGAGCUUCAAAAGACGAGGUAUAUCGGGGUGUAUUUAGGUGAUGGAUUACAUAGUCGCUCGAGU